GUCCAGAAAUCUUCUGGGUCGCUCCAAGCAAGCUGAAUAAAAUAUUUGGAAAACAAAUGUCCAAUUUCUUAAUCGCAGUAGUGAGAGUCGCAUUGGAGCACAUACAUAUAUGGGUUGUGUGAGGGAGGGUACAUGUAACGUCUUAUCCAGGGGAACAAGUUACCUGGCUGCCCUUCUCCAAGACACUUGGAUGUUUUGAAAAUAAGAACUGAACGAUCUCUUGCACUGACCCUCUAACUCUCAUUCCCUGCCGUAUAAGAGGCAGGUAUUUUGUCAGCUGCACAUUUCAACUUUGAGAACUUUUGAGUGCCGGCAGGAGGAAGAAGUUCCUUCGUUGCAUUUCUUCUCCCCAAGCCGCGAUCGAAGGCGGCAGGAGAGGCUUCUCGAACCGAAAAGAACCGGGUUUAAUCCAACUGGCUUCUCUCGGGGUUCAGCACCGAUGGCUUUAUUUAUUAUUCGAGGGACGAGGAAAGGGUUAAGUUUGGAAGAGGGAAGCGAGAGAGGGGCGAAGGCUGGAAAGAGUUGUCUCAGCGCCCCGCCCCCGCGCGCGUGUGUGUGUGGAGGUCGCGCGCGCGUGGCGGCGGCGUGGGGGAGGGGAGCCGGGCAAACCUCUCUUGUUCUUCGACGUCUCGACUCAGGCUGGGCAGCCUCGGGGCUGGAAGGCGAGGAAAGCAAGGCCGCGUGUGCUCCGGUAAAAAGCGCUCCAGCCCAGCUGCUGGCCGUAAGACAUGCGCAUUGCAGAGCGCCCUCUCACCCCGCUCAGUUAUGCCAAGUAUGUGAGCCCGAACAGCAGCAGCAGCAGCGGCAGCAAAGAGCGAGAGGCGCCCAAGGACCAAGUAGAUCAUGGCGUGCUGUAGCCAGCCGCGCACCAAGCUAUUGCGCUUGUCGUUGCCGCCGCCUCCGCUUUGCUCAAGGCGCCACCAAGCAGCAGCAGCCCUGCGCUCGACGGCAGUGAACUGAGGGAGACGGCCAGGCAUGGCUGACCCUCUGCGUAGGACUUUCUCCAAGCUGCGAAGUAGGAGGUCGCAGCGAGUAGCCACAGGCGCCGGGGAAGCUGCCGGGGACCCCGGCGAGAGCGGCAGCACGAGCGUCGGAGCCCUUGGAGGGAAAGCCCAGCAGAACCUGCGCCUCCAUCACUCCUACCGGGAAAACGGAGUGGCGACCGAAGCGUGCCCUGGGCUGGGAAGCCAGGUGGGCGGUUGUGAGGUGCUCCUCGUGUCCCCGCUGGAGGGGUCGGGCUUGCGGGACUCGGCUGCCUGGUCCCGGCGGGGAAAGGCGGAGAUGCCUGGAGAAAAGUUACCGGGAGCCGCCGUGGCCCGCGCUUGCCCUCCGAGAAAGCGCGCGGAAGGCACGGCGCUGCAGCAGGCGAGCCCCCCGGAACUCCGCGCGCCUCCGCUGGCGGCCGAACUCUGCUUCUCCUCGUCUUCCUUUUUCCCGAGGGGCGCGGAGCCUCGGCCGGCCCUGGAGUGCGGUGGCGGGAGCGAAGACGACGACUAUUACGAUAACCAGAGGCUGCCUGGCUGGGGCUGCCAAGGAUCGGCCCGAACGCCCGAAGAAGCAGCGCGGGGAAACAAGCAAGGCAACGCGGCCGCCGUUCCGGGUGCAGGCGGCGGCACCAGGGCCAACGGAGCGAGAGAGAGCACCGGCAAACUGCGAAGCCAGCUCCAGGAGGCCUAUUACCUGUUGAUCCACGCCAUGCACGACCUGCCUCCGGCCAGCCCCAUCACUGGAGGUCCCUUGCCCCAGCCUGCUAGCCAUCUGUCCGUCUCUGAGGCAGCAGGGAGCGAUGCUUUACGCUGGUCUUUCUCCUGCGGGGACCGAUGCUCCCAGUUGCAAAGAUCCGAUCCCAGUGCCCAAGGCUCAGCCAAGAAUCCCAUCUGGCGCCAAGGCAUCAGCAAGAGUCUGGAGAGCCUCUGCUUUGCCCAGCCUUCCACUUCCAAACUGCUGCUCCUGCCGAGAUGUCGGAGCGAAGGUGCGCUCCAGUCUCUGCCUCAAGAGCCACUGGAGCCCCUUGGCCACCUGCUGCUCGAACCCCAAGAACUUGGCACCAGUCGGGAAACCUGCUUCCUUGCAGCUGCCACACAGGGCUCUGGUGACAGCAGCUGUGAGAAGAGCCUCAGCAACCAAGAAGCUCAUCCCUCAGGGCUCCGGGAAGACCUGGAGGAGCUCUUGGCUCCUGAGCUGUAUGCUGCCCAAGGCAAAAUGGUGGAUCCAGCAAGAGCAACCAGGUGUAGCCAUGAGGGAAGUCCCCAGCACCCCCCAGCAGAUGCCUCCCUAGGCCCCUUUAAGCCACCUGCUGUGACUGUUCGGAAGUUACAGAAGUGGAUGUACAAAGGACGCCUGCUGUCCUUGGGCAUGAAAGGCCGGGGUGGAACAGCUGGGAUGUCCCCUCCAUCUUCCCGCGCCAAGGUCACUGGGAGCUGCAGGCCACUUCUUAGCAGAGGAGAGGGGCUCACACUCUCGCCCCCUGCUCACUUGAAUGGCCCAGGGGCCAAGGCCCAAGUAUCACCUUCCGACCAAAGAAUCUUGUUGGCAGAGCUGAUCGAAAAUGUUUACAUACCUUCUGUGAGCAGAAGAGAACUUAAGAACUUGAAAUCCAGUGAAGUUUCCGAGUGCAGGCCUCAGGUUGCUAGCAUUACUGUGUCCAAGAAGCGGAACUGGUUACAUCAAAGUUCUCUGAGAGUACCUAGUUUGGAAAGAGGAAACUCUUACAAGAAAAUUUCAGGAGAAAAUUACCAAGUACUGAAAUCUUCCAGUCCUUUCUUUGAACCAAAAAUGCCUCAGACUUUUUCCAAAUUUCUAGGACAGGAAAACCCUAGAGGAAGAGUCAAUUCUGUACAUGCUGCUGAGAAUGGAACAAGACCUUUGGCAUUACAAAAAUGUACUUUAGAUUUUGGUGAAGAUAACGAUGCAGAUGAUGAAGGAGAAAUAUGGUACAAUCCCAUCCCUGAAGAUGAUGAGCCCGAGUUCCCCUGUUUUCUAAAUAGCCAUAAUAAUCACUUGGACGCCCAAGCCUUGAAUUACAAAAUAGCACCUGGGAAUGAUUUAAUCAAAGUCAUAGGGCAUAAUGAAGGCCUUCCUCAAUCCUUAGACUGUUCUGGAAAUGGUCAGCCUAGAGAAACGAGUCAAAUAGAAAAUGUGCAUUCCGUGGAAUGUUUGCAAACACAAAAGCCAAAGCCUGUAUGCGAUACUCUGACUGGCUCUGCAAUGGACGAAGGUCUUCUUAAAGCUACUACGGGAGGUCCUGGAAUUACGUCUGCAAACAAGGGAGAGACAGGAACUGCAGAAUAUUCUCCUCCGAGCCCAAGCCCAUUGAAAAAAGGUGGCUCAAUAAACUGGCCUUUCCCUGAUAAAAUAAAAUCCCCAAGAACCGUCAGGAAACUUUCCAUGAAGAUGAAAAAAUUGCCUGAACUCAGCAGGAAGCUCAGUAUCAAAGUAAAUUCAAGCCAUAAUAGCUCAGACAAUUCUUUGUUGCUUAAAAAUAAUUGCCAGGAAGUAAGCCAUGCACCGUUAGCUUCUUCUGGAAACGUAACAGCAGCUGCUAGCAGGAAUGUCAUAAGCCGGUAUCAUCUUGAUAGCAGUGUAUCCUCUCAACACAGCUAUAAAAAGAAAAACAGGGGGACUUCCAAAUCCUCCAGCAAAGGGGGCUACCUCAGUGAUGGAGACUCUCCUGAGCUUAUAGCAAAAUCAGGGAAAUAUGCAGCUGAAAGGAAAGGAAAGGAAGUAUUUGCAGGUAACAUGGGUAAUAAAUCAGAAAUAGACAUUGACGCUUUUCGACACUACACUUUUGCUGACCAACCCAAAUGUUCCCAGUACAUAUCUGGACUCAUGAGCAUUCAUUUCUAUGGUGCAGAGGAUCUGAAACCACCAAGGAUGGACUCAAAAGAUGUCUUCUGUGCAAUUCAGGUAGAUUCAGUAAAUAAAGCAAGGACCGCUUUGCUGACUUGCAGAACAACAUUUUUGGACAUGGAUCACACUUUCAACAUAGAGAUAGAAAAUGCUCAGCAUUUAAAAUUAGUCGUUUUUAGCUGGGAGCCCAUGCCAAGGAAAAACCGGGUUUGCUGCCAUGGUACGGUGGUCCUUCCUGCUCUUUUUCGUGUGACGAAGACUCAUCAGUUGGCAGUAAAACUGGAGCCCAGAGGUCUUAUCUAUGUCAAGCUAACUCUUCUGGAACAGUGGGAGAAUUCUUUUGGUGGAACAAAUGGAGAACGAGAACCGAUACUCUUUGGAAUUGAUGCUCGGAAAGUUGUUGAGAAGGAAAAUGAAGGUUUGAUGGUUCCUCUCUUGAUGAAAAAGUGCAUUACGGAGAUUGAAAAAAGAGGUUGCCAGGUUGUAGGGCUGUACCGUUUAUGUGGGUCGGCAGCUGUGAAGAAAGAACUCCGAGAGGCAUUUGAGAAGGAUAGCAAAGCAGUUACUCUGUGUGAGGCUCAGUACCCAGAUAUAAAUGUGAUAACAGGUAUCCUCAAAGAUUAUUUAAGGGAGUUGCCUUCUCCAUUGAUAACCAAGCAACUUUAUGAAGCAGUGUUGGAUGCCAUGGUAAAAAGACCUUUGAAAAUGACAGCAAAUGGAUGUGAAAAUGAUUUGAAUGAUUCAGAAUAUACAAUGGCUCUCUUGGAUUGCCUGCCAGAAGUUGAGAAAGCAACCCUAAAGAUGCUCUUGGACCAUCUGAAACUGGUGGCUUCAUACCAUGAAGUAAACAGAAUGACUUGCCAGAAUUUAGCGGUGUGUUUUGGGCCUGUAUUACUUAGUCAGUGGCAGGAAACUACGAGCCACAACAAUAGAGUGUUCACUGAUUCAGAAGAACUGGCCAGUGCCUUGGAUUUCAAAAAACAUAUAGAAGUUUUACAUUAUCUGCUCCAGUUGUGGACAGUGCAACAUCCAUCAGCUGAAGAGUCAGCCUUGCUGGAGCAGCAGUCCUCUGUGAACUAUCUCAGGCCUAAGAAACAGCGGCCUCAAAUGUUAAAUUUGAGCGAAGUGUCUGGGAUCUUGCGAUCCAGGCCAGCCAGACUGGACAGCCCUUCAAGCAACCGCUAUGCUGGAGACUGGACAGCUUGUGGAGAGAACUACUUUGUCAGUCCCAAAGAAGCUCUGAGCGAAGCAGACUAUGAUGAUGUUCCUUCAGAAGAGGCAGAAAGUGGGGACGAUGGCAGCAAAGCAGAUGCUUCUAGAACACUGCUCCGGCGGCCCAUUUGUGUAUCCAGAGAACAUACCUUUCAGGCCUAUCUGACAAUGCAAACAAUGGAUUCUGCAGUGAACCAUCAAGUUAACCUAAAAAACUUGCAAGAAAGCAUUGAUACUCUGAUAGGCAACCUGGAACGGGAACUCAAUAAAAACAAGCUCAACGUGAGUUGUUGAUCACUUUGCUUUGCCAUGUCUCCAAUUUUGUAUGUCCCUUCUGUUGUAAUCCACCAGGAGAAAAUAAGGAAGAGUUUUGGAUGGGGAUCUGUAUUAUAAUUGCAUUGGGCAAUUUUGAAGAUCGCUGUGUAAGUUAGGCAUUCAUAUUACAGUCUUGCUUUCUCCAUUUGAAAGUGUGUUACUUUUUAUAAAACAAUGCAACAAUAUUCCUUGUCAAGGUACUAUGCACUUAGGAAAUUUGAACAGUUUAUCGAAGAUGUAUAAUGCAUCAGCUCUAUCUUUGUUACAGUACAGUUUGCUCCUGAAACCUUAGCCCUAGUAUGGAUGUUCUCCCAGAAGAGAAAAGAUUAAUGUUGCUACUUAAGUGAUAAUAUGCGGCACAAACUGUGUGUAGGUCACGUUCUAUUAUAUUGACACCUUCUCACUUGCAAUGCAAAGGCUGCUAUAGAAAAAAGGCUUUUUGAUAGUUAAUUUGUAUGAAUAUUGAUGUAUCCUUGUAGUAACACUUUCAAGCAACUAUUUAAAACUGCAAAAAUAUUUUUCUAACUUUUGUUUUGUAGAUAUUUAUAUGUGGAAAAACAGGCAUGACUUGGGCCGGUCUAGUUGCGAUAUGUUUUGUUGCGCAGGAUAAGAGUUUCUUCUCUCUUCUCCAACUUGAUGCUCUGAAGAUAUGUUAAAUCAGUGGUCCCCAACUUUUCCAGCUUAGCAGCUCAGCAUGGGGGGGGGUAGGUGGGUGAGUGGCAGAUGCAUGCGUACAUACACAGCUCCAUUGGUGUCAACAGCAGUUUUGCAGCCCUCCACUUAUGCGAAUGGAGCUUCCUGUGCAAGCGCAAGGGCCCACUGCUCAUGCUUGCCCAUUGCUUGUGUGGCCCGGUUUCAAACAGCCCGGUAGUGGCCACGGCCUGGGGGUUGUGGACACCUGUGGUAAACUACAAUUCUUUCAUUUUCCAGCAUAGUGAUGAUGGUGUGUGCGGUGUGUGUGUGUGUGUGUGUGUGUGUGUGAGAGAGAGAGAGAGAGAGAGAGAGAGAGAGAGAGAGAGAGAGAGAAAUUAAGAGACCAACAGGUGAGGGUAGAUUAGCAUAGGAAAUAUCAUAUCUUCCUAGAGAGCAGCCCCUGGUACUGUAUUAGAUGAUUGUGCACUACUUUUAUACUUUGCCCAGCCUUCCCCCCAUGCCAGUCAAGUAAAAUUGCUGAUGGGGGAAGGUUAGUAUUUUUUUUAUGCCCUAUUGGAGAUGUUAUACAUGACAGCACUGUAUAAAAGAGUAUGUAUAGCUCAGGGUUGAAUUGUGGAGUCCUUGGUACUCUCUGAGUUUGGCUGUUUGUUUGCAAAUGUUUAUCCAGCUAAGUAACAUCAGCAUUUUAAUGGGUAAUGAAAUGUCUGCAAGCAAACAAACUCAGAGAGCACCAUGGACUCCACAUGACAGCACUGUGCCCAUCUGGCCCAAUCUAAAUCUGACUAAAGAGAGCUUGAAAAGAGACUUGCCCAUUGUGGUGUCAAACAAUCACACAUAAGUAGUUGUGUGAUACCCUGGACAAGAAAGUGUUGAACACUGAGAUAUAUGAAGGCUGCAACUAAAAGCAUACAAAUUACUUUAAAUGAUCUAUGAAAACAAAUUGUCCAGACACGAUGGCCUGUUUGUCACACUUUUCUGAAAUUCUCAUUGUGAAACUUAAAAUGUAUGUUUCUAGAGAUGCUUGGGAGACUGAUUGCUUGGGAGAGACCAUAGCAGCUAUUCUACCAAAUCAAAAUAAAUUUGCAUUGUGGUCCAACAGAGUUAUUGUGCCAAAUUGUCCAUAAAUAUGCACAUUUUUUUAAAAAAUGUAGUGACCUUAAAUGCAGAUCUUUAGCCCGAUCGGCCUAACGUUAGCACUGUGUUAAUGCAAUCAAGGCAGCUGACUUUGUUAAAGCCUCUCCAGAUAUAGCGAACCAUGCUUGGGCAUUAUCAUAUCAGUCCAAUUGGCUUGGAAAUGUCUAACUCUACAUCAUUACAGGUAGUCCUUGACUUAUGAGUACAAUUGGGAAUGGAAAUUUUGGUUGCUAAGCGAUGUGGUUGUUCUAUAAGUCAUCACAUGACCAGACCCCAUUUUACAACCAUUUCACCAUGGUCAUUAAGCAAAUCACUGUGGUCAUUAAGUGAAUCAUGUGGUUGUUAAGUCAGUCACAUAGUUGUAAAGUCAAGCCAGUUGCCAAGUGCCUAAAUGUUGAUCACGUAAUGGGGUGGGGGGGCCUAGUGUGAUGGUUGUAACUUUGAGGAUGGAUCAUAAGUCAUUCUUUCUAAGGCCUUUGUAAUUUUGAACCAUCAUUAAAUUAAUGGUCAUAAGUUGAGGAGUACCUUAUUGUGUACCUUGUCCAAUUUUUUUCCUGAACAGAGAAUUUUGCCUUCUGCUGUGCUAAUGGAAGCUCCUUAAUUUUGACAGCUGUGCUGCUUCCUUAUUUGGUGAUAAAGAACCACUUAUUAUAUACUUUAAGCCUGUCCCCCUAAUACAUUUCUACAUGUUCAUCCACUGUAGGGCGACCCCCAAAGAGUUCACCUCUUUUUCAAAGGUUGAUAUGAACGAAGAAAGUGCCUUUUAAAGUAAUGUGUUUCAAAUGGCCUGAAUCAUUUUGAAGGUCUUCAUUCCAAUUGGUCUAGCUUCUUUAAUCCUUAAGUGCUAAGACGAUCAAUGUAUUCUUUAUCUUUCCACUUUUCUUAACUGAAUAUUGGUAGUUCUUUUGGUUUGCUGUAAGCAUGGUGAGUUUAAUAAAUGCUGAUUGGAUUGGUCUGCAGAUUUUUGAUAUUCACGUAAACCAAAGUAAAUACAAGCCUGAUGCAAAUUUAAGUUCUGUCUGCAGUCAAACAAUAAGACCGAUUGGCAGCAAUAAAUUACAACCAGGUGCCUAUUUAAAAAAGAGAUAGCAAUGGAGUAGAGCAGGGGUCUUCAAACUUGGCCCUUUUAUGACUUGUGGACUUUAACUCCCAGAAUUCCUCAGCCAGCAUGCCUGGCUGAGGAAUUCUGGGAGUUGAAGUCCACAAGUCAUAAAAGGGCCAAGUUUGAAGACCCCUGGAGUAUAGUAUGUCUUAAAUGGCAUUCCUUUAAAAAUAUUACUUAGCAAGCAAGGGAAGCCAUUAUCUUUUAAAGAGUGUUUUGAACACUAUUUGCUUUGCAUCAACCUUCACCAACUGAUAUCUUCAGUUGUUUGGGGAUCACAACUUCCUCAAUUCCAGCUAGGAAUUCUGGGAAUUAUAGUCUUAAGAUAAGAUAGUUGGAGGACAAGGAAAGGAUACCCUAUAUUAUAGGUCUGGUGUUUUUUUUUUUAUUUACAUUAUCGGUUCUCUUUUUUUUUUCUUAUGGACCUGGUACAAGUGCUAUUUAAUUUGUUCCUUGAUAUUGUCUAUUAUAAUUAUUUUAGCUAUUUAUUGACAAUAGGAUGACUGAAUUUGGUGCAUGAUUUUUGCCACAUUUUCCUUAAAGAAAUAUUUCAGCAUUUUAUACAGUCUGGUUAAUUUAUUAUGAUGAUGAUGAUUAGAGUGGCGGUACACAACUUACAGUCAUUUCAAUAUAGUGGUACAGUUUAAAAAUAUAUAUUUUAACCUGAAGCAUUUAUUGAUAAGCUGAUGUAUUUUUUUAAAGCGUAUGUACAGGAAGUGAAUUAUUUUUGAACUAUGUUAAUUCUGAAUAAAACCCAACAUUGAAAA